AUGGAGGAAUGCUUUGAAAAAGAAAACAAGAAAGGAUGGAUUAGCAUCCAGGAUUCAAUGAAAAGAUCUAACGACUUUUGGCUCAAGGAUGACGAUGCAACCUCCUAUCUGAACAGGUUUGUUGUGUAG